GUCUAGUUGAAUAGUAAAAUCUUGGCCAAAGUUGAACUUGUCGCGGCAUGUCGUCGUCGUCAGUGGAUCUCAUAGCGCUCUUGUCUGCGUGUGUCGAUUUGGGGGCGUUUGCUGGCCAAGUUAUUCGAGACGUUGUUGCGUCCGGUGAGUCGCUCCAGACAGUAAACAAGGCUGACGACGGCGCAACUGCCUCGUUCGACCCUCAAACGAUUGCCGACACGCGUGCUCAGCAGCGAAUUGUCGAGUCAUUGCGGCGACACUUUGGCCCCAAGCUCAUAAUCGUGGGCGAAGAAGGCCACCUGGACCCCCCCGCAGGAGAAGACGUGACCACGCCAUGCACAUCACUGCUGGCUGCCACGCAUCCGACAGCGGUUCCCGUCGACCUGGAGGAUCUUGUCGUUUGGAUCGACCCGUUGGACGGGACACGAAAAUUCACCGAAAAAGCGUACGACGACGUGUCGGUGCUUCUCGGACUGUCGUAUCGUGGCCGUCCCAUUGCAGGUAGGCACUGCCCUUCCUUCGCUACAAAUUGCAUGGCGCUCCUGCGCGCAUGUGCAUGCCAUUCGUACUCUGUUCUGAAUCGUCUACCAUCCUCCAAGCAUGAUGACCAUCCACCGAUUUUGACAAGUGUGAUGCACCAGCCGUUUGUUGGCGGCGGUGGCGGCACGACCUAUUACGGCGGCCCUGCGGUGGACGGCAUCUUCAGGUGCCACGUGGUUUCUCCGUAUACAACGCACUUGUUCACCUGGCCCGCAUUUGAACGCGUCCCGACCGGACGUGCCACGCUUUCAACCCGAUCGACCCCGAUCGUGGGCCACUCGGAAUCCCCAUGUGGCCAUGCCAACGCGAUCCUGCCGUUGCUCAACAUGAGCACUAUGGCAAAAGGAUCGACUGGCAUUCUCCUGUUGGACGUAGCGCUCGGCCACAUCGACGUGUACUUUCGGUACGUCCAUCGAACGAAGCGGUGGGACUCGUGCGUCGGCGAAGCGUUUCUGAUCGUACUGGGCGGCGUUUUGACCGACCGGAAUGGCCACCUCUACGACUAUAGUGCGUCCGGCGACCACGAAAACACGGCAGGGAUCGUGGCUUCUUUGGACAAGUCGCUCCACGCCACAGUCGUCGCCCGUGUGGCUACGUACGCUUCGUAGAGAAGGACGACCUGGUUCUGGUAAAACGACACGAAAAAUGGCAAGUUCAUUGUGUCCAUCCUCCAUGGAAUCACCA